UUUAUGCUUUUGUCAAUGAUUUACAAUAUUCGGCUGUGCUUUGGAGUCCAGAGAUUUCGAUAUACUUCCUCUCAACCCUGGUACCACAGGGUCUUCAAGUGAAAAAACAGACUUUUCAUCUAUUUUUAUAUUAAACAUUUACAUUCCUAGAAGAAAUGUGGUGCAGCUUGAGUAAGGUUUCUCUUCUGAUUUGCUUGCUAGUCUAUGUAAUAACGUUUCAGGAUACAGUUACAGCGCACAGUGAGUUAACAGGAUUGUCUUCCCAGAGAAGAACCAGAAGUGCUAAUACUCCAGCUCCAGUUGAUUGUCGACUGAGUCAGUGGUCAGAAUGGACUGAUUGCUUCCCUUGCCAAGAAAAAAAAUACAGGUACAGAACUUUGCUACAGCCUGCUAAGUUUAAAGGGAACAGAUGUGCUGGACAUCUCUUGGAUGAACAAGCAUGCCGAACCACCAGAACAUGUGAAGUAGGAGGAAACUGUGGAAAAGACUUCCAGUGUGAGGAGACAGGCCGCUGUAUUAAACGCCACCUUGUGUGCAAUGGAGACAGAGACUGUAGGGAUGGGUCUGAUGAGAACAACUGUGAGGAUGCCGAUAUUGAAAUCCUCUGUGAAAAUAUGCACCCAAUUCCUGGAGCUGAAAGAGCAGCGCAAGGAUACAAUAUUCUUACACAAGAUGAAAGACAAUAUAUAUAUGAUCCUAAUUUUUAUGGAGGCCAGUGCGAGUAUGUUUACAAUGGAGACUGGCGAGAACUGAAAUACGACUCCGCCUGUGAACACCUGUAUUAUGGGGAUGAUGAGAAAUAUUUUCGAAAACCCUACAAUUUCCACUUUUAUCAAUUUCUAGCUCAUGCUGAUUCUGGAUUCUCUUUUGAGUUUUAUGAUGAUUCAAAAGACUUGCUUGAGGCAUUAAAAAAGGAAAAAUCCAGGAAUUUUGGCAUUACUUUUGGAGUAACUCCUGAGGACUCACCUGUCAAAUUUGAGCUUGGUUACAGUUUAUCAAAGGGAAAGGGAUCUCUGAAGAAUUUCACACAGUAUAAUGAGAAGAAUCUGGAAUUCAUUAGAGGUGUAACCAAGGUACAGACUGCACGUUUCAAAAUGAGAAGGGAUAACAUAGUUCUGGAUGAAGACAUGUUUCAGGCCCUAAUGGAGCUUCCAGACAGAUACAAUUAUGGAAUGUAUGCCAAAUUUAUUAAUGACUACGGUACCCAUUUCAUGACGUCUGGGACUAUGGGAGGCGUCUUUGAAUAUAUCUUGGUUGUUAACAAAGAAGAAAUGAGGAGAACAGGUAUUGAAGCUGAACAAGUAAGUUCCUGUUUUGGUGUAUCACUAGGCCUCUCCAUCAGUAAGGUUGAUAUAACUGGAAAAGUAACACUUUCAUACAGUGAAUGUCAACAAAAAGGAGCUCUUCAAACUGGUCAUGAAACUAAAAAUGCUGUUGUGGAAGAUAUUAUUCCUCGGAUUAAAGGUGGAGAUACUGGUUCAGCCGAAAGCCUUUUAAGCAGCCAGAACGCCAAUAUGUAUCGGCGCUGGGGAAGGUCAUUAAAAUAUAAUCCUGCUGUUAUUGAUUUUGAGCUACAGCCAAUACAUGAAAUCCUACAUAGAAGCAAUCUGGGUAAUAUUGAAACAAAAAGGCAAAACCUGAAACGGGCUUUGGAUGAUUACCUAUUGGAGUUCAAUGCGUGCCGCUGUGGUCCAUGUCAGAACAAUGGUGAACCUGUGCUGAUAGGAGAUAUCUGUUUUUGUCAUUGCCCAGCAGGUUAUGAUGGCCCUGCAUGUGAACAGACUAGACGCAUAGGCAGUAAGACAAAUGGUAGAUGGAGCUGCUGGUCACCCUGGACUCCCUGCCAGUCUGGAACAAAGACACGUACAAGGCAAUGUAAUAACCCAGCUCCACAAAAUGGUGGGAUACGGUGUGCUGGAAGGAAUGUGGAGACAAAGGCAUGCUAAUAGCUGGCUAGGACUGGAAUAAGUAAUGAAACUGCUUAAUGCAAGUAGAUGGUUGAUAGUGUUUUGUAUAGGAGAUCUGAAUUGGGCUAUAAAUACCCUUGGCAUAACUCUGCUCGGUGGAAUUCCACCAGUGAUAAACAGUUUUGAACUACCGCAUUUACAUUCCUAGGAAGACGUAGCAGAUUCACACCCAAUAAAACCCAAUCACUGUUCAAUAAGCUUCACAGUCGAAAUUCGGUAUGCACCAAAAUACACACGGGCCAUUUUAAUGCAAUAACAUUCAUUUUACCCUCAACUUGGGAUGACACAGGAGGAGAAUCAGGACCCAUGGGUUUUACUGAAGAGCCAUGGGGUUAUGACAAGUCAUAAAGCAUACUUCUUAUAACUGUUUGCAUAGUAAGCUGCGCUAACCAAAGGUUUUU